AUGAACAUCAUGCUUCCAAGUGACACCAUAAUCCAGAUCUUUCUCAUAUUCCAGUUCUGUCUUGGUAUCCUGGGGAACUCAACACUGUUCUUGUUAUAUAUAUACACUUUUGUCUUUAGGCCUCAUUAUAAGAAGUUGAUAGACUCAGUUUGUAUUCACCUGACAAUAGUCAAUAUUUUGAUGAUUGUAUUCCUAUUGACAAAAGAUAUCAUGUUAUCCUUUGGAGCACAUAAUUUUCUGGACGAUAUUGGUUGUAAGGCAGUUUUGUUUUCAUUCAGAGUCAGCCGGGGUCUGUCCAUCUGCAGCACCUGUGUUCUAAGCACGUUCCAAGUCAUCACCAUCACUUCCAGUAAUUCUAAGUGGGCCUGUUUCAAGGCUAGACUUUCUACAUGGACUUUUUCUUCCUUACUUUGCUCCUGGCUUAUUAAUCUACUCAUCUAUGGGUUUAUGCUUGACAUGGUAAUAGCCAAAACCAAUAAUACUCUUGUUGGCCAUGGAUAUACAGAUGGUCUUUGUCAAAACAAGCUGAUAGGGAACCACAAUUCAGGGUCAUUUCUUAGCAUUGUCAUCAUUCAUGAUCUCUUUUUUGUGACCAUCAUGAUGUGUGCCAGCCUCUACAUGGUGGCUUUCCUCUACAGACACUGGAAAGGGUCCCAGCAUCUCCGCAGCCCAAAUCUUUCCUUCCAGUCAUCUCCUGAGCACAAAGCCACUCACAGCAUCCUGACUCUAGUGAGCUGCUUUGUGUUAACUUAUUGGUUGAACAACUCUGUCACUCUUUAUGGAUUUUAUUCAAAUGAAAAAUUUCCAAAAUUGGAGUCAAUAAAUUCACUUUUAAUGACAUCCUACCCAACUAUCUGUCCUUUUUUACUCAUGAAGAAUAAUAAAGUUAUUCUGCAAUUCAUUUCUUCAUUUUCUGUACUGAGAAUGACCUGUUUUCAAAGUAGCUCCAUGGCUGAACUGAAACCCCCACUUUCCAGGCAUUAA